AUGAUCUUUCUUCAGACUCCAGAGGGACCUGUCAAAGCAAUCAGGCAUACCAUCGACUCCGACGACUGGAGUGUCGACUUUACAGUACCAGGGAACGCGGCUCCCGAGACGGCCAUAGCAGCCUUUGCGACCGACGUUGAGCUGGUGGUCGGGUUCUUUGGUACUGAACACAAGAUCCACGUCCACAGGCGAAACUUUCAGACUGGAGAAUGGUCUGCAAAGAGAGGUGAUAUGGAGGCUCUGGUUAUGCUUGGUCUCGACGUUUACCUUGUCAAGGAUGGUGAUUUCAAGAUACUCGGUACUUUCGACAGUGGGGACUUUGUGGUAGAGGUCAAUAGCGAACCUGAAUUCGUGAAUGGGUAUGGGAAUUUGUUUUUGACGCCACCUUCUGGUGCCAGACAUAACUACGGUGUAACUCGCUACACUCCUCGAAACACGGUGGGAUGGUGA